AAAGCGCUAUAACUACACCUCAUUAUACAUUCCACCUUGGGUUAGAGGCGAAAGAACUCGGCAGGCGGCAAAGCCUCUCUAAACCAUACUAACAACAACAUUCAGUUUAAUGGUAUGAAUGGUAUAGAUUGGAAGAGUUCUUACUUGUUAAUCCGUGAUUUUGAAAUUCAUGAAAAUUGAAUUCAAAGUAAACUAAUAACAAACGCUGAAAAGACAAACACUAAGUUCAUUUUGGUAUCACAAUUGAUGUGUGACUGCUAAACAUGCAACAUACAAGAUUUGAGGUGGUUAUUUUCUACUUCAUUGCACUCGCAACAAAAAUGCAAGUUUCUAGUGAGAAAUUACCUAUUGUUUUGUGGCAUGGCAUGGGGGAUACAUGUUGCUUUCCGUUCAGUUUGGGCGGUGUGACAAAAUUUCUAGAAUCUGAAAUCAAUGUUUACGUAAAAUCGAUUGAAAUCGGGAAUUCUAUAACUGAAGAUUUUAAAAGUGGUUACUUAAUUCAUCCCAAUCAACAGGUCAAUAUGGUUUGUGAAGAUUUAAGCACGGAUGCCCAAUUGAAGGGUGGAUUCAAUGCCAUUGGAUUUUCUCAGGGAAGUCAGUUUUUGCGAGCACUGGUGCAAAGAUGUUCAACUCUACGCAUACAUAAUUUGAUUACAUUGGGUGGUCAACAUCAGGGGGUUUUUGGAUUACCAAAUUGUCCCUCAAUAAGCAGUCGAACAUGUGAACGGUUUCGGCUGCUUCUUAACUAUGCCGCAUAUACAGAUUUGAUGCAAAAUUUUCUCGUUCAAGCAACGUAUUGGCAUGAUCCGCUGAAUGAAAGUAAAUACAGAACUUCUAGCACAUUUUUAGCGGAUAUUAAUAACGAGCAGUUUAUCAACAAAACCUAUGUGAAAAAUUUACAAAAAUUGAAUAAAUUUGUAAUGGUUCAAUUUAAUAAUGAUAGCAUUGUUCAACCAUUACAAACCCAAUGGUUUGGUUAUUACAAACCUGGACAGGAUAAAGAAAUACAGGGCCUCAAGGAAUCCAAUAUCUAUAUCGAGGAUCGCCUUGGUCUAAAAAAGAUGUACGAUCAAAAUAAAAUCGUAUUUCUCGAGUGUGAGGGCAAUCAUCUUCAAUUUACAAAAGAAUGGUUUAGAGAAAAUCUCUUUAGUUUUUUGAAAUAACCGAAUCAUGAGUAGGAUUUCAAUGUUGAAUAUAACUGAAAGCGAAAUUGUAGAUUGUAUCGUUGAAAAUAAAAUACUUCAGUUAUAAUCUGUUAAAUGUUUAUUAGUUCAUAAAUGGGUUUAUCAACUAUAAAUCACUUACCACUGUUGAAACA